GUCAGCUUGGGCUUCAUUUGGACAUUUGUAUCCCCAUUUCAUCAAAUCUUCCACCAAAGACUAUAGACCCAUCCAAUACUUAAUCUUAGCGGCCUGAGUUUAUUUCGAAGUUUGAAUCAUCAUGGGUUUUACAUCAGAAUCACCUCAUAGCUGUGAGCAUUGCCAACAGAUCACCAUUGAUCUUGGGCUUGACGAGACCACCAUACAAUUCAGAUGUGGGACCAAGCAAGUUGCUGCGGCUUAUCAAGAUGGAUGCCAGCUUUUUCAUGCUUUUAUCGCUAGCCUGGGGAAGAUGAUUCGUGUAGAGGAUUUACAAACCACCAACCGGAACCUGAGUUUUCAUAUUUAUUAUGAGAAGGAGGGUUUGCCUCAAGUGCCAGCAUACCUUAUUCUUGGUGUGAGUGAAACAUUGGAAGAUGGAACAGUAGAAGAAUUCUUGGGUCUUGGAGGAUUGCAACGUCUUUCGCUUUGGACAGAUAAAAGCAACCCCGCCGCAGUCGAUAUUUCUACUAGGCCUUACGAGUUAGAUCCUGCUUCUCCUACAUCUAUAGAGUUCGCUCGUUGCUGUAUAGAGUCCUGUAUGAACGACCACGAACAAUGCAGACGACCAGUAAACAAUAUAAUGUCUCGUCAAGGGCAAGCAUCGAUCGAUUCCAACUCUAUUCCUUCUCGCCUUUUGCAUCUAGUAGCAAAUGACUCGGAGUUUCACGUUCAACUUAUUGAUUGGAACUCACGGUCCGCUAUUGAAAAGGAGACGGUAUGUCUUGAAGGUUAUGCAAUCCUAUCAUAUUGCUGGGGUGGAUCACAGCCGAUACAGUUAACUCGUGAUAAUUUCAAGGCUCUGAAAGAAGGUGUCCCAGUGGCACAGCUGCCAAAAAGUCUCCGUGAUGCAGCAUGGUUUACGAACAAAAUAGGAUUAAAAUACUUAUGGAUUGACUCUCUCUGCAUCAUCCAAGAUGAUAGUGAAGACAAGGUCUAUGAAAUAUCUCGUAUGGAGCUUUAUUAUGGCCAAAGUACGGUUACUAUCUGCGCUGCAUCUGCAGCUAGUUGUUCAGAAGGAUUCAUCAUGCCCCGCGAGGAAGAUACCGAGAACUACAAAUUUGGCCCAAUAAAUCUGCGAGCGAAAAACUCGCUGGGUACGCUGGGAUCCGUCCAGGCCGUAGCCGAGUUCAGCUUUCCUAGCGACGAAAAGGUUCCCGAGCCUAUCGUACUACGAGGAUGGACUCUCCAAGAGAGCAUGCUAUCGAGCCGCAUUCUAAUAUUCUCCUCUCAUUACUUACAUUUCACUUGCACCGUAGCAAAUUCUAGCUGCGGCGGUUUUGAGCCCAUGUUGAGGCCUCGCUUUAUGACACAAUACGAAUCUCAGAUCCCUAAAGUGCAUACUAUAUCUGGAUUUCGAGACUAUCCGGUUACGCAUGUGUGGAGAUACCUCAUCGACGAUUACACGGAGAGAGGUUUGGGAUUUUUGGCAGAUAAACUGCCAGCAGUUUCUGCUCUAGCAUCCAGCCUCAUUCCCAUGGGAAAGGAACGCAAUCAGAAGCUAGUAUAUCUUGCGGGUCUCAUGGUAGAUAUUUCAGACCCGGAGAAUUACUCUUGGCGAAAUGAGUUUCUAUGGAGGGUACAUAAAAUGCACAGUACAAGUCACAUUCCUACUGGAUCGCCAUCGUGGAGCUGGUCUUCACUUAGCGGUCGUGUCAUAAUGUGUAAGCGAUUUCCAUAUACCUUCGGCUGGAACAUCGCCGAAGAGGGAGAUACUAGAAAGAUUUGCGAAUACAAGGUUGAGCUCGAGAAUGAAAUGGCACCAUUCGGCGCUGUUAAAGGGGGAUUUGUCAAGUUACGUGCGCGAAUUAAAGAGCUGAGCACAAUUGAAGGACACAACUUCAAUAUUGCAACCGAGAGCAACCCCGGUUCCAUGUUUGCGAUUACCGACUAUGUCACGCUCACAGUUAUUCCCGACACAGGAGAGGGGAUGUGCACGAUCAAUAGAGGCAUCAACGGGGAACAACGAGUCUUUCUUGUUGAACUCGUACCAUUCUAUGAGUCAGGUGAUACCCCUACCGGUCUCAUUGUGACCAACGCAGCUGGUACGGAUCGUUAUGUUCGUGUAGGCAUAUUUGAAUAUCGGCAUCCAGAGAAUAAUCAAAAUGUAGAGGACCUCGCUUUAAGGAAGGAUUUAUUUGACGGUUCAAAGUUCGAGUAUGUGCAAAUAAUUUAGCCUAGGCGGGGCAACAAGGUUGUGGUGGGUCAAUUUUAAACUCCACAAAGAGAUGUAGCGAGCUAACACCGCGCGUCCAAGUUCUUCAAGUGCGAUCACAUCAAUCUAGCUAGGUGAUAGCAGAAGGGUGAUACGACAUCGUUCUCGAUAGAUAUUUUUAUUGAAAUAACAGAACUAAAACAUGAUAUUUAGGUAGGUAUAAAAUCAUGAGUAUGAACACAAGCCAAUUUGGGCAUCGAAACAUACCUAAUUCAUGGUCGCACAAAGUUUCAGUCUUUCCUAAUUAGGGACCUCCCUCAAAGUUGAUUGGCUUAUUCCUGGCGACGGACGUCCGUCGCGAACUAUAAUAAAC